UUGGUGCCGCUUGUGGACCUCUUUAGGAUGUGGCGCUGGAGCCACUGGACGUGUGGGCUGCUGGUGAGGACGGGUGUCUGCUGGGAAGUACCAGACUUUUACAGGACAGGAAGAGAGCAGCACAAGAACAUCCUGGUUUACUGUUGAUCUUCAGCAGAUGCUAGCCAAAGCCUCGCCUCACUCUGAGAUGUGGAAACGUUUCAGGCCACAUGUGAUGUUUGCUGGAUUUCAUGGACGUGAGCUCAUGUGGCAGAAGGUCGCUGAUUGACAGGAGGCGGGGCUUAUUCCUCCAACUGUGUUGGAGAGAAGAUAGAAGGGUUUCUCAGUCCUUUGCCAAAAGUGAACUAAACGACCUAAACGCUCUCUCAUUGUUGGCCGUGUUUUAUUUAUCCCUCAGCUGCUGCUCCAGAUGUUUUUCUUCAACAUCUGCUGUGAAAAGUUGAUGUUUGUCGUUUCUGUUGCUGAGGACUUGCCGUGUGAACGCCGGCCGCCAGGGGGCGGUGUUACACGUCAAAUCAAUAACAGAGGCACUUGGUCAGAAUCCUAAACGAACUAACAAAGAAAAAAAAAGUAAAAUUAUGAGAAGCAAACAAAACAAAAUAAAGUUGGCAUUUUUGGAAUAUUAGGUUGGAGGAAAAGUUCUAAUAUUACGGGAAUCAAGUCAAAAUAUUAUGGGAAUAAAGUCCUAAUCCUGAGAAGAAGAAAGUUGUAUGCGUGUGUUUCCAGUACACAGGUUACAGUAAGUGUGUGUUUAGCGUUGGCUGCUGCCAUAGUGAAUACAAACAACAACACCGCCAUCAUUCCCCACUGGUACCACAGAGAAAGUGAUGCUGCCUUCAGGGACAGACUGGAGGGCUUGUACUUUGUGGACCUUCGCGUGGAGCACAUUUUUAUUACCGCGCUAAUCGUGUGACCGAUACUGACAAUUGAUUAUAUACAAGACUUGGAUGUGUGUAUUCACGAAACAGUGGGGUUUUAAUUUUAACUGUACAAGACCAAGAAAUGUACUCAGUAGAGAUUAAUUAGGCUACUGUAGCUUCAAUGUCUGAUAUUUCCCAUGGCAAGGAAGGCGUCAGGCCGCUGUGGGUGUGGCUUAGCAAAACCCCCAGCCUGAGUCACUCUUCCCAUAAACAUCCUGCUAGCCAGCUAGCUAGCUGCUAGCGCACGACCGGGCGGUUCGGACCUCGAGCGAAGCCGACAAAAAUGCCGCUACCGCUGCGGUGACGGAAGCCUCGGCUUCGCGGGCUCUCGCGGUCCGUUUCCCGGCCAUCCGAGCCGGGCCGCGAUGUUCGACUCGUCGUGGAGGGCGCGGAACGUUUGGGACGGGGUGAGGCUGGAGGUGUCCCACAACAGCAGCCCGGUGGUUCUGCACAGCUUCACGCAUCUGGACCCCGACCUGCCAGUGCUGGAGAGCUCCACGCAGGAGAUCGGCGAGGAGGUGGAGGACGACGCCAUCUUCACCAUCACGUUAAGGAAGGUGCAGCUCCACCAUUCGUCCAGCAAGGGGCAGCGAUGGCUGGGCGUUGAGACGGAUUCAGCUCUGAGCCUCUACGAGACCUGCAAGGUGCGCACCAUCAAGGCGGGCACGCUGGAGAGGCUGGUGGAGUACAUGGUGACAGCCUUCCGGGGGAAGGACUCCACCUAUGUCACCAUCUUCCUCUGCACUUACCGCUCCUUCGCCACCACCAAGCAGGUGCUGGACCUCCUGCUCAACAGGUAUGCAAGGCUUCAGAACGUUCCAGUGGCGGCGGCGCAUCGCGUCUCCCAGGACGAGCGCACAGAGUUGAGAAACACGGUGUCGUCCAUCCUGGGCGCCUGGCUGGACCAGUACUCUGAGGACUUCUGGAGUCCUCCAAACUACGACUGCCUGCACCAGCUCCUGUCCUACCUUCACCUUCAUUUCCCCGGCUCUGACCUGGAGCGCCGCGCCCGCAACCUGCUGGCCCACUUCCACCGCCGGCAGCAGUGCGAGCCCGACACUGACGGGGAACACAUCGGCUGUCCCUUCGCCACGCAGGAAGAGAGCGGCUUUGAGGACGAGCUCCCUGCCUUCAGUUUCCUGUCUUUUGACCCCAUCAUGGUGGCCGAGCAGUUCACGCUGAUGGACGCGGACCUGUUCAAGAAGGUGGUCCCGUACCACUGCCUCGGGGGCAUCUGGUCUCAGCGGGACAAGAAGGGCAAGGAGCACCUGGCGCCCACCAUCAGAGCCACGGUGGCCCAGUUCAACUCGGUCACCAACUGCGUCAUCACCACCUGCCUCAGCAACCCCACGCUGAAGGCCAACCAGAGAGCUCGGCUGCUGGAGAGGUGGAUCGACGUGGCCCGGGAGUGUCGGAUCCUGAAGAACUUCUCGUCCUUGCGAGCCAUCCUCUCAGCCCUGCAGUGCAACGCUGUCCAUCGCCUGAAGAGGACCUGGGAGGAAGUUUCUCGGGAGAGCUUCCGCACGUUCCGCGAGCUUUCUGAGAUCUUCUCCGACGACAACAACUACUCGCUCAGCCGAGAGCUGCUGGUCAAGGAGGGCACUUCCAAGUUUGCCACGCUGGAGAUUAAUCCCAAACGCGCUCAGAGGAGACACCAGCAGCAGAGAGACCUGGGGGUGAUGCAGGGGACCAUUCCCUACCUGGGAACCUUCCUGACGGACCUGGUGAUGAUGGACACGGCCAUGAAGGACUACACGGAGGGUGGUCUGAUCAACUUUGAGAAGAGAAGAAAGGAGUUUGAGGUGAUCGCGCAGAUCAAACUGCUGCAGUUGGCCUCCAACAACUACAGCUUCACGCAAGAUGGACACUUCCGAGAGUGGUUCGCUGGCGUGGAGAAGCUCAGCGAGGCUGAGAGCUACCAGCUGUCAUGUGACAUCGAGCCGCUGUCCGAGUCGGCCAGCAACACCCUCCGGGCCAAGAAGAACGGAGGAAUCAUGAAGCGCUGGAGCGAUCGUCAGUUGGCGGAGGGCGGUCCCGGCGCGGUGGGCUCUCACUCCAAGUCCUUUGACCACGCCCACUUCAGGACAUACCAAGGAGGCGGCGGGGACAGCGGUGACGCCCUUAGCGUCACCUCGGUCAGCUCCAGCGGCUCGGACCUGGAGGACGUCAACGCCAGCUUCUUGUCCGACUCCCCGGAGGGACACGAGAGGAAGACGUCCACACCUUCCGUCAAGCUUUCUGUUUCCGCGUUGGGAAGAGAAGCUCCAUCUGCAGACACCACGUCCACGUUCUGGGAGUGCACGUCCCUGUCCUCUUUGGACACGUCUGGGAUGGGCUCCAGCUCGGGCUCGGCUUCGGGCUCCAGCACGGCCUCCUCCUCCUCGGUGUCGUCGUCCACGCCGCUGUCCGCCUCUUCGCGCUCGCACAAGCGCUCGGCGUCGGCCGUGUCCAACUACUCCACGCUGUCACUGCCGCUGUACAACCAGCAGGUGGACGACUGCUGCAUCAUCCGGGUCAGCCUGGACGUGGAGAACGGGAACAUGUACAAGAGCAUCCUGGUGACCAGUCAAGACAAGACGCCGGCCGUCAUCAGGAAGGCCAUGAUCAAACACAACCUGGAGCGUGAGAAGACGGAGGACUACGAGCUGGUGCAGAAGAUCUCGGAAGACAAAGAGCUCCGAAUCCCCGACAACGCCAACGUCUUCUACGCCAUGAACUCCAGCGCCAACUACGACUUUGUCCUGAAGAAGCGGGGGCCGGCGCGGGCCGUGCGCGCCAAGAACGUGGCCAGCUCCACGCUGCCUCGCAUGAAGCAAAAGGGACUGAAAAUCGCCAAAGGGAUUUUCUGAAGAGGGCCUUAAGGAGCUCCUUGAGCACUUGGCAACGUUUGCUACAGGAGACCGUGUGUGUGUGUGUGUGUGUGUGUGUGUGUGUGCGUGCGUGCGUGCGUGCGUGCGUGCGUGCGUGCGUGCGUGCGUGCGUGCGUGCGUGCGUGUGUUUCAAACAGGAAGUAUUUGUAGGGGCGGAGUCCUGAUCCCUCUUUGUUUACAUCACUGACACUUUCAAGUGACGCACUUUUUUUUUUCUUUUUUUUUUUACUUGCUGGCCCCCUGCUGGCGUGGAGUCUCCAUAAACAAUUCCCAGGAGUUUGAAUGUUUACUGGCAGCUCUUCAACGCUGCCGUAGUGUGAAUGUCACAUGACAUGAUUUCCUGUGUGAGGACGGGCGGAGCCGAGAGCAAGUGUGUACGUACGUGUACAGUGUUUCCCUCAAGACUUUGUACAGUUUUGCCUCUCCGCUCUGAUGAUGGUGCUGCUAAUUAUCUUUCUCAAGAGGUCCAAUCAGCUGCGUUCCUUGCACCCGCCGCCAUCUUGGAAAAACUCCCAUAUCUCUAUCCCCACCCCCUCGCAGAGGAAGCUCUCACCCCGUUACUGUCCACAUGUUCAGCACUACAAUUCUUAUGUACCACUGGACUUUAUUUCAAAGCAUGUCAAACCACUUUUUUAUGCACUUGAGCCCGUUUACACCACUGGAAAAACAAAUCCAAAUUGGAAGACACAAUUCUGUGAUGAAAAAGUGGAAAUUAUGAGAUGGAAAGUCAUAAUUCUGAGAUAAAAAUGUGAAAUUACAAGACAAAGUUUAAAUUCUGGGAUAAGUCAUAAUUAUGAGAUUUUAAAAAGUUAAAACUAUGAGAUAAAAGUCAUUUAUGGCAUAAAAAGAAGAAAUUAUGAGAUAGAAAGUCAAAAUGACAGAGAUAAAAUAUUGAAAUUCCAAGAUAAAAAGUCAAAAUUAUGAGAUAAAGUCAUUUAUGAGGGAAAAAAAGUCAAUUAUGAGAUUUUAAAAAGGUGAAAUUAUGAGAUAAAGUCAUUUAUGGGAUAAGAAGAAGAAAUGAUUAGAAAGUAGAAAAUUCUGACAUCGUGAUAAUUAGUAGAUAAAAAGUCAUAAUUAUGAGAAGUUGAAAUUAUGAGAUAGGAAAGUCAUAAUUAUGAGAUAGAAAGUCGAAAUUACAAGAUAAAAUGUUGAAAUUCUGAGAUAAAAGGUCAAAAUUAUGAGAUUAAAAAAUCAGUUAUGAGGGGAAAAAAGUCAAUUAUGACAAAAAAAAGGUGAAAUUGAGAUAAAAUGUUGAAAUUCCUAGAUAAAAGUUAUAAUUGAGAUUUUAAAAAUUCAGUUAUGAGAAAUAAGUCAAUUAUGAGAUAAAAAAUGUUGAAAUUUAAAAAUAAAUUAAUAAUUGAGAUAAAAGGCAUGAGAAAAAGUCAAUUGAGAUGAAGUUGAAAUCAAAGAGAUAAAACGUUGAAAUUCUGAGAUAAAAAGUCAAAAUGAUGAGAUAAAGUCAACUAUGAGAUAAAAGAAAGUUGAAAUGAUGUGAUAAAGUCAUUCAUGGGAUAAGAAGAAGAAAUGAUGAGAUAGAAGGUCUAAAUUAUGAGAAAAGGUUGAAAAUAUGAGAAGUGGAAAUGAUGAGAUGGGAGCUGCGCAUGCGUAGUUUGGAUCUGAUCAUUUCAACGUUUCAUCUCAUGAUAUUUUGUGUGGCGUAGAUGAAACCACUAGAUGCUCAUUCUUCCAACAUGGCGGCUCAAGCCUCCCAAAAGAAGCGCUCACUGUGACGCUCUGUUCCCUCACCACGCCCGUGUCUUUCCUCUCUCUGUGUGAGUGGGGGGUGAAAAAACAAUAAUACUGCUAAGUGUUUGGGUUGUGAAGGGGCUAAUGCAUUAUGGGAAAUGUAGGAGAAGCACCAGUUUGGAUUGUUUUUUCUCUUCACUGCCACAAGACGUUGGCCUGAUGCCACUGCCUCCAUCUUUUGCCUUUUUGCUGGGGUUCUUUUGUCACGCACGCCGCAUGGUCACAAUGGUCGAAUGAACCGCGGAUGAAGGCGGAAAGUCGAUACGGUGACGAGCAGAUCACAUGACCCGCCUCCUCCACCCUCUGCCCCAAGUCCAUCACUGUGAACACUCGAGGGCUCGCUCACGUUGUCAGGACGGGCGCGGCGAAUAGUGGUGGUGCCAAACAAGUUGUUUGGCGUUUUUUGUUUUUUGUUUUUUUUUACUUUUGUCCCGGAAAAAAAACAGAUGAGAAGACUUGGGGAUGAAGGGUGAUGUUGGAAAAAGUUGUGGUGGAUUUUUUUUGUUGUUGUUUUUUCCUUUCUCAGCUGCCAACUUUUCCCCAAGUGCAGAUUAAGGCCAGUUUUCCCUCCUAGUUCCCCAUCCCACUUCAGCAAGUCACCUCUACAUUGCACGGUGUGUGUGCGUGUGCGACUCAAGAAGAAAAGGCAUAUUGUGAAUUUCUCUGUGCGGCCGGCGUUUCCAUGGUGAUGAAGCCGUUGUUGAACUGAUGCUCCUGUGGUGCUCUGAUGUGCGUGCGUGUGUGUGUGGUUUCUGUUGUGGUUUUCUUGCCCUCCGCCGUGCUCGGGUGCCAUUUUUCCAUCGGAACUAAAAGAUUGACAACCUUUUUCUAACUGCAGUCUCUUUUACUACUACUACUACUACUACUACCCCAAGAACACAAAAAUGUGUAGAAAACACACAAAAGCUGUGUCAAAUGCACACGCCUGUCCCAGGUGAUAUUUGUUUUUAUUUAUUGAUUUGUAUAUAUGAGGUUUUCUUUUGCAUUGUACAUUCCCUCCUCUCUUGGUUAUAGAUUAAUAUAUUAAUGUAUAUAUGAAUAAACAUACAAGUUUAUAAAAGAAU